AUGGAGCGGCUGCAGGAUAUGAGAACGCGGCUACAGGACUGGGAGCAAGCGUUUUAUCGGCUGCACGGGCGGCGGCCAGGCCAGAACGACGUGGAAGCGACGACCGAGGAGAUCCGCGCGCUCUACCGGGAAUACCGCAUCUUGAAACGUGCCCUCCGCCAGGCCGGCAGCGGGUCUCGCAGCCCAGACCAAUCGCUUCCCGCGACGACUGAGGAGGAACCAGAGCCCAGCUGCUGGGGGCCCCACCUGAAUCGGGCUGUGACCCAGAGUCCACAACCUGCUCCAGGGCAUAGCUCUCGAGAGUCUGUGCAGGACUGCGGAAAGAGGCUCAAGGCCAAUCUGAAAGGCACCCAGCAGGCUAGGACAACCACGGGCCGCAUACCCUGGCUUCCACGUAGACCCUCAUCCAAGAUGCCCACCUCAAAACCCUCAGGCACAGAAGCUGACCCCACCUCUCCAGAAGUCAGUGAUGUGUCCCCCUUGUCCCCUGGGCCCCAGCCAAGGCCAGGCCGGCUCCAGAAGUUGCAGACAUCCCUGAGCCUGCGACUGGGCUCACUAGACCCUGACUGGUUACAGCGAUGUCAUGAAGGGGUCUCAGAUUUUCUGGGGGCUCCUGAAGCCUGCAGACCUGGCCUGGGCUUAGAGGAAACACAACCUCUGACCUCAGGUGAGUCGGCUGGCCUUGGCCUUGGCACUGGCUCUGAGAUACUUUCACAGGGCCCAGAAGUUCCAAUCCUGCAGUCAACUACUGUUGGUACAGGGAGCCUCCAGCCCAGCAACAGUCAAGGCAAGAAGCAGAGAUGGAGACAGGGGUCCCAGGGGAGCUCUGCACAGGCCCAGUGGCACAGUAGCAAGGCCAGAUCCCCAACUGGGUCUGUAACACUUGAGGAAGACCCUCCAGAGGAACCUGUGCAGGCAGAGCCACCUCAGCCCUGCAGCCUCCCUUCAGUCUCCAGGUACCAUGGCUUUGGCCCCUCGAGUCAAGCCAAGGCAGGGAAAGCUGAGGACGUCUCCCCUAGGCUGACCAGUCACCACAAGGGUAAUUACGUACGGCUCAACAUGAAGCAGAAACGCUACAUGCGGGGCCGAGCUCUUGGUGGCAGGCUCCUCCGCAAGCAGGCAUGGAAGCAGAAGUGGCAGAAGAAAAGGGAAUGUUUUGGGGGUGGAGGGCCCAGAGCCUCAGUCAAGGAGUCUUGUUUCCCAUGUGAGCAGUUUGGUCACUGGGCAUCCCAGUGUCCCCAGCCAGCAAGUGAGGAAGACACAGAGCCUGCUGAGCCUGAGCUGCUGGUGCCUGCAUCACAACGUGUGCCUGAGGUGCCCCACUUGGCUCCCACAGUGCUGCCACUCUACCCACCAGGGCCCUUGGGGCAGGUGGCAGAGGCACCAGCGGAGGUGUUCCAGGCCUUGGAGCAGCUGGGGUAUCAAGCCUUCCGCCCUGGGCAGGAGCGUGCAGUCAUGCGAAUUCUGUCUGGCAUCUCCACACUGCUGGUGCUGCCCACAGGCGCCGGCAAGUCCCUGUGCUACCAGCUCCCAGCGCUGCUGUAUGCCCGGCGCAGCCCUUGCAUCACACUGGUCAUCUCUCCCCUCCUGUCACUCAUGGAGGACCAGGUGUCUGGCUUGCCCUCAUGUCUCAAGGUGGCCUGCAUCCACUCAGGCAUGACCAGGAAGCAGCGGGACUCUGUCGUACAGAAGGUGCAGACUGCCCAGGUACAUGUGCUGAUGCUGUCGCCUGAAGCGCUGGUGGGGACAGGGGUGUGGAGCCCUGCCAACCUCCCCCAGGCUGCCCAGCUGCCUCCAGUUGCCUUUGCCUGCAUAGAUGAGGUCCACUGCCUCUCUCAGUGGUCCCACAAUUUCCGGCCCUGCUACCUGCGUGUCUGCAAAAUGCUUAGGGAACGCAUGGGCGUACGCUGCUUCCUGGGUCUCACAGCUACAGCCACUCGUAGCACUGUCCGUGUUAUAGCCCAGCACCUUGGUGUAGCAGAGGAAGUUGGCAUGCGUGGGCCAGCUCCCAUUCCCGCCAACCUACACCUCUCUGUUUCCAUGGACAGGGACACAGACCAAGCUCUGGUGACGCUGCUGCAAGGUGACCGUUUUCGUACCCUAGAUUCUGUCAUUGUUUAUUGCAACCGGCGUGUAGACACCGAGAGGGUUGCUGCACUUCUCCGAACCUGCCUGUGUGCAACCCAGGGCCAAGAGCCUGGAGGUCAUGCCCCCAAAACCAUAGCCGAAGCCUACCAUGCAGGCAUGUGCAGCCGGGAGAGACAGCGGGUGCAGCUGGCCUUCAUGCAAGGCCAGUUACGGGUGGUGGUGGCCACGGUGGCCUUCGGGAUGGGACUGAACCGAUCAGAUGUGCGGGCCGUGCUGCACCUGGGACUGCCUCCGAGCUUCGAGAGCUACGUGCAGGCUGUGGGCCGGGCUGGGCGUGAUGGGCAGCCUGCCCACUGCCACCUCUUCCUGCAGCCCCAGGGCGAGGACCUGCGGGAGCUGCGCAGACACAUCCAUGCCUGUGGCACUGACUUCCUCACUGUGAAGAAGCUGGUGCAGCGUGUGUUUCCACCCUGUACCUGUUCCCUGCCAGCCCUAGAGGAGGAGGGGGCUGUGGGCAGGGAGAGACCUGUGGCCAAGUCCUCCCCACAAGAAGCCAAGCAGCACAACAGCCACCAAGCAGCCUCAGUACCCAGAAGGGCCUGCCUGGGCCACGAACUUGCACUUCCAGUGCAACCAACAGUGCAGGCCUUGGACAUGCCAGAGGAGGCUAUCGAGACUCUGCUAUGCUACUUGGAGCUGCACCCUCGGCACUGGCUGGAGCUACUAGCAACCACCUGUGCCCGUUGCCAUCUGCACUGCCCUGGGGGCCUUGCCCAGCUUCAGACCCUGGCCCAGAGGUGUCCCCCUUUGGCUGUGUACUUGACCCGGAAACCACCUGAGGAUAUACAGCAGGGCAGCAGCUCCGUGGAGUUUGACAUGGUCAAGCUGGGGGACUCCAUGGGCUGGGAGCUGGCCUCUGUGAGGAAGGCUCUCUGCUGGCUGCAGUGGAACCAAGAGCCCAGAACAGGUGUGUCUCGGGUGCCAGGGGUACUUGUGGAGUUUGGCGAGCUGGCCUUCCACCUUCGCAGCCCCGGGGACCUAACCGCUAAGGAGAGGGACCAGAUCUGCGACUUUUUGUAUGGCCGCAUACAGACUCGGGAGCGCCAGGCCCUAGCCCACCUAUGCAGAACCUUCCAGACCUUUCACAGUGUGGCCUUUCCUAGCUGUGGGCCCUGCCUGGAGCAGCCCAACGAGGAGCGCAGCACCAGGCUUAAGGCCCUGAUCAGCGACUACUUUGAGGAAGAGGAAGCCCAGGAGCCAAGGGGCCUGGAAGAUGAACAGGCCCCAGAGCCAGGGCAGGCCAGGCUCCAGGAUUGGGAAGACCAGAUCCGCCGCGACAUCCGCCAACUCCUGUCCCUGCGGCCAGAGGAGAAGUUCUCAGGCAGGGCCGUGGCCCGCAUCUUCCACGGCAUUGGAAGCCCCUGCUACCCAGCCCAGGUAUUUGGGCAGGACCGGCGCUUCUGGAGAAAGUACCUGCACCUGAGCUUCCAUGCCCUGAUGCACCUGGCCACAGAGGAGCUCUUGCUGAGGGGCCACUGACUGCCCUGCAUGGGCAGACACUGGCCUCAUAGGAGACACAAGAUGGGUGGGCAGAGGGUGUUAGAGACAAAGAUGGGGUCAUCAAUGACCAGGGCAGGAACUAAUGGCCCUGGGCAAAACCUGUCGGCAGGGGUGUGGAAACAAGGAAGUUCCAAAAUGCAGAAUAAAAAGUGUUCAAGUUG